AUGGAGCGUACACUAUUUCUUCUUAAACCAGAUGUCGCAUUGAAAACAAAUGAAAUUAUAAGCCGUUUGAAGCAAGCUGGAUAUAAAAUUAUUCAGACUCGAUACAUUCAUCUUUCCGAGGAACAGGCAACUGAUUUUUAUCAGGAAGAGCUGGAAUCUCCCAACUUUGCUGACCAUCUUGCGUUUAUGAUAAGUGGUCCAGUUUCUGCAAUUCUUGCUCAAAAGUUUAGUCUUUUUCAAGAUAUCUCUGCGUUUGUAGGUCCCCAAAACCCUGAAGUCGGUCGUGCUCUCAAUCCGAAUUCUCUUAGAGCAGUGUAUGGACAGGAUGAGAUCCGCAACGCAGUUCACUUUAGCGAAAACGAGUAUGCUGCAGAACGAGAAAUACACUUCUUUUUUCCUGAAGGCACACUUGAUCCCAUUCCAUCCGCUGAUCGCACCAAGCUGUUUCUCGAAUCUGAUAUAUAUCCAAUACUACUUCAAGGACUGACAGAACUUUGUCGUGAAAAGCCAUCACAACCAGCUACAUGGCUUGGAGAAUGGCUUUUAGAAAACAACCCUCGAACUCCAAAGAUUGUUUUUGAGUAA